AUGUUUGAUGGGAAGAAAGUUGCUCAUGUAGCUACACCUCACCCUUCAAAACAGGCUGAUAAAACUCCUGCGAUGAAGUCAAAUCAGCAGACUCCAAAAUCGAGUGAUGUAGUUUCCUGCAAGUCUUGCAGCAAGACAUUUGGUACGGAAAAAGCACUAGAAUCCCAUACGAAGGCUAAGCACUCGGCUGGAAAGUAAUAGGUAUUUGAAAAGAAAUUUGGAAGUCCUGCUUCAAUUUUGUCACCAUGCUUCGUAUGAAUUGAAGGCUAGUUUUGUAGUUGGUUUGUAGUGGUUGAGCACAAUGUAAAAUCAUGACGUUGUUUGUUAGUUAUUACUUUAUGUUCCCCUUUGACUUCUAUGUCAACUUGCUUUAGGUUUUACUUCAGUUAAAUUCACCAGGGGUGGAUUAAUUUUAUUUUUUUUCCGUCUGGAUGUUUGAAUCAUUAAUUGGCAAUAUAAUUGAUAGUAGUUAUCCC